AAAAAAGAUCCCUUUUUGUAUUCCCAACAUGUCGCCAGCCAAGACACGAACUCACAACGAAGACAUCGAUGAAGAUGUUUCCUCUGCAGACGAAGAAAUGGCUUUGGAAGGAACUGAGGAUAUGAUGGAAACUGAAGAGAAUACUGAGGAUGCUGACGCUGAUGCCGAAGAGGCAAUGGUGCCCGCUGACAAGAUCGAAAUUGUUGCUGGAAGUUCUGAUCCAACUUGCAUGACAUUUUGUUUCAAGGAGGAAGACCAUACCUUAGGCAAUUCUUUGCGACAUAUGGUUAUGAAAAACCCUCUUGUUGAUUAUUGCGGUUAUUCUAUUCCUCACCCUUCAGAAGCAAAGAUGAACGUCCAUAUCCAGACAACUGAUGCUACAAAUGCUGUUGAGGCACUCAACAAGGGUUUUGAUGACCUUACCGAUUUGUGCCAGCAUGUUAUCAGCAAAUUCAAGAAGGAAUUGAAAAAUGGCAACUUCGAGUAUUCCCCAGAGGGCAACUGGUCUCAAAAUUAGAAUCCAUGCAAACUCGUUCAAUUCAUCAUUGUAAUAUAAUCUCAUUUUCAGCGUGCAGCAGUUUAUAUAUUUAUUGUGGCAGGUAUCUUGGUGGUCGGGAAAAAGUAAAUGCAAAUGUAUCCAGAGACACAGCGUCGAUGGUGUAGUUGCAUUGGGUUUAAUUAAGUAUCGUAACUUAUUUAGUUUCAUUUUUAUAAAAUGGAGGCUAGCAAUCAUGUAUACAGACGCCAGCAUCGAGGUGGGAAGUAGCCAUCUUUCAGCCGAGGCGUCCAAAUAUACAAGGCCAUGCCUAUUUGAAUAUUCAAAAAUUGGCAAAGUUUGAAAAUGCUACCGGGUUAACGGUAGGGCACGAUUAUCCU